AUGUCUCAACAAGUAAGAAAAAGAGGAGCCAAGAAGGCCAAUCCCAAUGGACCCACUAACAGUGCUGCCAAAUCUGAUGAUAUAGAGAUCCUCCUUAAAGAAUCAGAACCAGAUUUAUUCCCCGUUUCAAAGCAAGAACCAGAAUCUAAAUAUUAUGUUGCCUUGGUUGUAAUUACCAUAUUUGCAAUUUAUACAAGAUUUACAAAAUUAGGUACUCCAAGUCAAGUUGUAUUUGAUGAAGUUCAUUUUGGUAAAUUUGCUUCAUAUUAUUUAGAAGGAACAUAUUUCUUUGAUUUACAUCCUCCAUUUGCAAAAUUAUUAAUUGCAUUUGUUGGUUGGUUAAUUGGUUAUAAUGGGAAAUUUAAAUUUGAUGCAAUUGGUGAUUCAUAUAUUGAAAAUAGUGUUCCUUAUAUUGCUUAUAGAUCAUUAAUGGCCAUUGAAGGAACUAUUACUAUUCCAAUUAUGUUUUUAACUAUGAAAACUUUGGGUUUUUCAGUUCCUGCUUGUUUAUUAUCAAGUAUUAUUGUUUGUUUUGAUAAUGCUCAAGUUGCUGAUAGUAGAUUGAUUCUUUUGGAUGCUACUUUGAUCUUAAGUGUCGCUUUGACUAUGUAUUCCUAUGCCAAAUUCUCGACAUACCGUAAACAACCAUUCUCCAAGAAAUGGUGGACUUGGUUAUAUGCUACUGGUAUUUCAUUAUCUUGUGUCAUUUCAACAAAAUAUGUUGGGGUUUUCACAUAUGUCACUAUUGGUAUUGCUGUGUUGCAUGAAUUAUGGAUCUUAUUGGAUUAUAGACGUGGAUUAACUAUGGGAGAAUUUGCCAAACAUUUCUUUGCCAGACUUUGGGCAUUGAUUAUUGUCCCAUUUGUGAUUUAUUUAUAUUGGUUCUAUUUACAUUUUUCAAUCUUAUCAAAAUCAGGUACUGGUGAUAAUUUCAUGUCUGCUGAAUUUCAAGAAACUUUAUUAGAAUCACCAAUGGCAAAACUUGCAAAACCAGUGAAAUAUUUCGAUCAAUUAACUAUCCAACAUAAAGAUACUGGGGCAUAUUUACAUUCCCAUUCAUUCGAAUAUCCAUUACGUUAUGAAGAUGGAAGAAUCUCAUCCAAUUCUCAACAAGUCACAUGUGUAACCGUAAAUGACCCACAAGAUCCAAAUAAUCAAUGGGAAAUCGUCCCCACAAAGCCAGAAUUAGAAGCAGGUAGUGAUGUCUAUACUGAAGAUGUUAUCAGAUUGAGACACGUAGGUACUGGUGGUUAUUUAUUAACUCAUGAUGUUGCCUCGCCAUUAAAAGCUACCAAUGAAGAAUUCACAGUUGUAUAUGAUGAAGAUGCCGAAAAGAAAUUCAAUGAAACUUUAUUCCGUAUCAAACUUGAUGUACCAAAAUCAUCUCCUAAGAAAAAGAAUCAAAGAAAAUUAGUCAAAACUAAAGCCACAAAUAUUAGGAUCCUUCAUAUCGAUACCGUCGUCGCGAUGUGGACUCAUAAUGACGAACUCCUUCCAGAAUGGGCAUUUGGACAACAAGAAGUCAGUGGAAACAAGAAGAUUCCAGAUAAAGAUAAUGUUUGGGUAUUUGAUACAAUCACAAACUUGGCCCCAGGUGAUGCUCGUGCCGUUUAUGUACCAAAAGAAGUUAAAACCAUGCCAUUCUUGAAGAAAUGGUGGGAAUUGCAAGGAUUGAUGUUUUAUCAUAAUAAUCAACUUUCAUCUGAUCAUCCAUUUGCUUCCCUGCCUGAUUCUUGGCCAUUGGCACUUUCAGGAGUUUCAUUCUAUAAUGAUAGUAAAGAAAAAAAGCAAAUCUUCUUUACCGGGAAUAUUAUUGGAUAUUGGUUAGAAGUUUGUUUAUUGGCAAUUUAUGUUGGGAUUAUCCUUGCUGAUCAAUUGACUCGUAGAAGAAAUUUAACUGUUUUGAGUCGUAAAGCCAGAUCAAGAUUAUAUAACACCUUGGGAUUCUUCUUUAUCGGAUGGUGUGCUCAUUAUUUCCCAUUCUUCUUGAUGGGUAGACAAAAGUUCUUACAUCAUUAUCUUCCUGCUCAUUUAAUCGCAGCAUUGUUUUCUGGAGGAUUGGUUGAAUUUGUUACUAGUAAUAAUAGGGCAUAUGUUUCUAAGGAAAAUCCUAGUGGGAUUCAUCGAUUAAAACUUGUAAUUUUGGUGGCGAUCUUCUCAGCUGGAAUAAUUUGGUUCUUUUUCUAUUUUAGACCAAUUACUUAUGGUGAUGUUUCUUUGACUCCAGAAGAAGUUAGGGCUAGAGAAUGGUUUGAUAUUAAGUUACAUUAUUCUAAUUGGGGCUCAGCGAUCAUCACAAGGUAUAUCCACAAGAGCAACCUUGCAAUGUCAGUAAAAACAUAUUUAACAAAAUUAAGACAAAAGAUAGAUUCUAAGACUUUAUCAUUCCCAUAUCAUGUAGUCGCUGGGAACCAGUCAGCUGACAUGGAUUCAGUGGUCAGUGCCAUUACAUUUGCAUAUUUCACCAAUCUUCAAACCAAACAAGAUGUCAUCCCGUUGAUUAAUAUCCCAAGGGCUGAUUUCAGAUUACGUAGAGAUAUUGAUGUCUUAUUGAAAUCACAUCAGAUCACUCAAGAUCUUUUAUAUUUCGUAGAAGAUUUGGGACAAUUUGUGACUCUGGCUAUUUCUGCCAACGAGAAGUUGAAGUUUACGUUGGUUGAUCAUAAUAAUCUCCAAGGUGAGGAGAUGCAUUUCUUGUUCGAACAGACUCCUGAUAUGGUUGAGGUUGUUUCUAUUAUUGAUCAUCAUGCUGAUGAAGGGGUGUUUAAGAAUGCUGAGCCUAGGAUUAUUCGUAGUUGUGGAUCAAAUUCAAGCAUGAUUUUUAAUUAUUUUUAUGAGACUUGUUUUAAAGAUGAUCACGAGGGUUUCUUGAAGAAUAAUGCGGAUGCUAUUGAAUUGUUAUUGGGUCCACUUGUUAUAGAUACUUCCAAUAUGACUCAGAAGGUUGAGGAACCGGAUGUGGAAGCUUUCAAAGUAUACCAGAAGGCAUUGAACGCAGAUGCGUUUAUGCAAGAAUUCAUUACAACUAAUAAUGGUAGCGGACUGAAUCCCUAUGAACAAUUUUAUUCAAUCUUGAAAUCAGCAAAGAAAGAUUUAACUGGUUUCAGUUUUUUCGAUAUUUUAAGGAAAGAUUAUAAACAAUUCACAUUUAAUAGCGGUGAUAGAGUUGGAUUCAGUUCAAUUGGAAAAUCUUUAAAAUGGGUAUUUAAGCAUUACUCCCCAGAAGAAAUUAAAUCCACUCUUUCUGAUGCAUUAAAGACAUUGGGGGUUGAUUUGUUUGUUAUUACUUCAAGUUAUACUCAGAAAGAGAAUGGGCAAUAUACCAGAGAAUUUGCCUACUAUUACGAGGUGCGUGAUCAUAAGAAAUUUAAUCAUUUAGCAGAAUUAGCGAAAGAUCAACUUGAACUUAAUGAUGAUAUUUAUGGUUCUAAGAAACUCAAGAAAGGCCAAAUAUUAAAGCAUCAAGAAAACAAGUUGUUCCAAUUAUAA